AAAAUGCCUGAAAGAGUUGCAGUGAUUGGAGCUGGUUGCAGUGGAUUAGCAGCAAUUAAAUGUUGUCUGGAUGAAAGUUUGGAACCCACAUGUUUUGAAAAAAGUGAAGAUAUUGGAGGGCUCUGGAGAUUUAAGGAAGACUCAGAGAAGAGUAGAGCCAGCAUUUACAAAUCUGUCAUCAUCAAUACGUCAAAGGAGAUGAUGUGUUACACUGAUUUUCCCAUACCUGAUGAUUUUCCAAACUACAUGCACAAUUCCAAGGUUUUGCAGUACUUUCGUCUGUAUGCAGAGCAUUUCCACCUCUUGAAAUAUAUUCAGUUCAAGACGGCUGUUUGCAAAGUAGAAAAGCGUCCAGAUUUCAUCACCACUGGCCAAUGGAAUGUUAUCACUGAGUGUAAUGGAGAAGAGAAGGAGCAUAUCUUUGAUGCUAUUUUGGUGUGCACUGGUCAUCAUACACACCCAAACUUGCCACUGAGUUCAUUUCCAGGCAUUGAAAACUUCAAAGGCCAGUAUUUCCACAGCCGAGAUUACAAAACAUCUUACCCAUUUAAGGACAAAAGGGUUAUUGUGAUUGGUGUUGGAAACACAGGAGUUGAUCUGGCUGUAGAGCUUGGAACUGUGGCCAAACAGGUUUUUCUGAGCACCAGGAGAGGAACAUGGUUAUUGAAUCGUGUCUGUGAUGAUGGUUUACCCUUAGAUAUCGCUCUAUUUUCUCGUUUUAAUAGCAUUAUCCAGAAUACCUUACCAACACUGGUCAACAGAUAUUUAGAAAAUAAAGUAAACUCCAGAGUUAACCAUGAAACCUAUGGACUAAAGCCUCAGCACAGAUUUCUUAGCCAGCACCCAACAGUAAGUGACAAUCUGCCUAACUGCAUAAUUGCUGGCAAAGUCUUGGUAAAAACCAACGUGAAAAGGUUCACAGAGACUGAUGUCAUCUUUGAAGAUGGAUCCGUGGAGAAAGAUAUUGAUGUGGUUAUCUUUGCAACGGGAUACCAAUUUUCUUUUCCUUUUUUUGAUGAUUCUGUCUUGAAGGUUGAAAACAAUCAAGUUCCACUAUACAAAAUGGUAUUUCCACCUCAUUUGGAAAAUCCAACAGUGGCUUGCAUUGGCUAUGUCCAACCUAUUGGGGCUAUAAUGACGGUUUCUGAAAUGCAUGCUCGUUGGGCAACUAGAGUCUUCAAGGGCCUCAAUAAGUUGCCAUCAAAGGAAAAGAUGCUGGCUGAAAUCAACAGUAGGAAGGAAGUUAUGCAAAAAAGGUACGUGAAAAGCAAUCGGCACACCAUACAAGUGGAUUAUGUUUCACACAUGGAUGAGAUUUCAGAAGAAAUUGGCUGUAAACCCAAUUUGACACAAACCUUCCUAACAGAUCCUAAGCUGGCAUGGGAAAUCCUCUUUGGCCCAUGCACACCCUAUCAGUAUCGACUUUCUGGACCAGGUAAAUGGAAUGGUGCAAGGCAAGCUAUAUUAUCUCAAAUGGAUCGCGUCAUUAAGCCAACAAAAACCAGAAUCUUGGAGAAUCAGAUUGUCCACAGUUCAUUUUCUCUUGGAUUUAAGCUGAUUGGGAUGUUGAUAAUUUUUGCUGCCAUUUAUGCCUCUAUAUAAGAAGUGCAUAUUAGUGGGUUAUGUAUUAACUCCACUUUUUCUCAU